UCUGGGGCUCCGGGUAAAGUUUCAGCCUCCGCACGUGACUCGCCAUGGCCGCUGCCGUCGCCCCGCGCCCCUGAGCCGCGGCCCCCCGGACGGCCUCUCUCCCGGGAUCCCGCACCCCUGACGCCAGGCAGCACCGAGGUGCCGGGUUAGGGCAGACGCCGUGCCCGCGGGAACCCCGGAUGGGCUGCGUCCCCCUGCUGCGAGUGUCACAGGACGUGGCCCCCCCCAGCCUCUGAACUGGGGCCCAUCUAGGAGCAGCAUCCUUGGCACCCUGAAAGCCGGCUCUGGACCUUCCCGGGAAAGCUCCCAGAACUGCUUGACCAACGGACUGGCUCUUGGGACAUCCCCAACCCAUCUGGCCCCCGGCUGGGGGCCUCCGGAAGGCUGAAAUUUGCUUGCUGACCUUAGAGAGCAGCUUCAAGACCGAAGGGGGUGGGUGGGCUGACCACCCAAGCCCCCUCUGGGCCCAGGCCCCAUGCCCCGAGGAGGGGCGGCCUGAAGCCCGCCACAGCCUGCACCAGACUGUCUGCCUGCCCUCUGACUGUGGCCGCUUGGCAUGGCCAGCAACAGCAGCUCCUGCCCAACACCUGGGGGCGGGCACCUCAAUGGGUACCCAGUACCCCCCUACGCCUUCUUCUUCCCCCCUAUGCUGGGUGGCCUCUCUCCGCCAGGCGCUCUGACCACUCUUCAGCACCAGCUUCCAGUUAGCGGAUACAGCACACCAUCCCCAGCCACCAUUGAGACCCAGAGCAGCAGUUCGGAAGAGAUAGUGCCCAGCCCUCCCUCGCCACCCCCCCUCCCCCGCAUCUACAAGCCGUGCUUUGUCUGCCAAGACAAAUCCUCUGGCUACCACUAUGGGGUCAGCGCCUGUGAGGGCUGCAAGGGCUUCUUCCGCCGCAGCAUCCAGAAGAACAUGGUGUACACGUGUCACCGCGACAAGAACUGCGUCAUCAACAAGGUGACCCGGAACCGCUGCCAGUACUGCCGGCUGCAGAAGUGCUUCGAAGUGGGCAUGUCCAAGGAGUCUGUGCGGAACGACCGGAACAAGAAGAAGAAGGAGGCGCCCAAGCCUGAGUGCUCCGAGAGCUACACGCUGACGCCGGAGGUGGGGGAGCUCAUCGAGAAAGUGCGCAAAGCGCACCAGGAGACCUUCCCCGCCCUCUGCCAGCUGGGCAAGUACACUACGAACAACAGCUCAGAGCAGCGCGUCUCCCUGGACAUCGACCUCUGGGACAAGUUCAGUGAACUCUCCACCAAGUGCAUCAUCAAGACCGUGGAGUUUGCCAAGCAGCUGCCCGGCUUCACCACCCUCACCAUCGCUGACCAGAUCACCCUCCUCAAGGCUGCCUGCUUGGACAUCCUGAUCCUGCGGAUCUGCACGCGGUACACGCCCGAGCAGGACACGAUGACCUUCUCGGACGGACUGACCCUGAACCGGACCCAGAUGCACAACGCUGGCUUCGGACCUCUCACCGACUUGGUCUUUGCCUUCGCCAACCAGCUGCUGCCCCUGGAGAUGGACGAUGCCGAGACUGGGCUGCUUAGCGCCAUCUGCCUCAUCUGUGGAGACCGGCAGGACCUGGAGCAGCCAGACAGGGUGGACAUGCUGCAGGAGCCGCUGCUCGAGGCGCUGAAGGUGUACGUGCGGAAGCGGAGACCCAGCCGCCCCCACAUGUUCCCCAAGAUGCUGAUGAAGAUCACCGACCUGCGGAGCAUCAGCGCCAAGGGGGCCGAGCGGGUGAUCACGCUGAAGAUGGAGAUCCCGGGCUCCAUGCCGCCGCUCAUCCAGGAGAUGCUGGAGAACUCGGAGGGCCUGGACACUCUGAGCGGACAGCAGGGGGGCGGGGGGCGGGACGAGGGCGGCCUGGGGCCCCCGCCGGGCAGCUGCAGCCCCAGCCUCAGCCCCAGCUCGAACAGAAGCAGCCCGGCCACCCACUCCCCGUGACUGCCCGCGCCACGUGGACACAGCCCUCGCCCCACGCCCCGGCUUCUCUCUGCCUUCCUGCCGCCCAUGCGACCCCUGCCAGCCCUGCCCCGCCUGUCCUCCCAGACAGAACUGGGGGGGGAGGAGGCAGCGACUCUCUGGACAGAGGCCUGGCUCCGGGAUGGACUGCCCGCUCCUGCAGCCUGGGCUGACGGCAGGGGCAAAGCUGUGAACUGAGUGAGGGCCCCGGCCCGGGCCUGGGGCUCGCCUCCGUCGGGACAGCCGCCUGCCCGCCUCGCCACAUGUUCAUCACCAGCAACUUCCAGGACCUGGCCCCCCGCCCGCCCGACUCACAAGCCAUCGCCCCCGGCUGGGGACCUCGCCUGCCUUGGUUGGUGACAGCGGGGUGGGCUGGGGCGGGCUUCCCUGUACAUACCCCGCCGUACCAACCCCAGGUAUUAAUUCGCGCUGGUUUUGUUUUUAUUUUAAUUUUUUUGUUUUGAUUUUUUUAAAUAAGAAUUUUCAUUUUAAGCACAUUUAUACUGAAGGAAUUUGUGCUGUGUAUUGGGGGGAGCUGGAUCCAGAGCUGGAGGGAGGGGGUCCUGGGGGAGGGGCGUGGCUCAGAGGGGCUCCUGCUCUCCCCCCACCCCCCAGCCCUCCUCCACCUCUUCUCCUCGGUUUUCUCCUUCAAACUGUGAAAUAUUGACGUCCCCAGCCCACUGGGCCCUCCUUUGCACCCUGUCUCCCUCCGCCUGACCACUGGGUGGGGGCAGUUUCCGGCUGCCCAAGAAGCAGGGGCUCCUGGCCUACCCACCUGCCUCCGCCCCGGGGGGCAAAGCUGGGGCCCCUGUGGACAUGCUGUCUCCGGGCGGAGCUGCCUCCCUGUCAGGACCCACGUCAUCCAAGCCCCCCAGCCCCCACUGUGAAGGGGCCAGCCAAGGGGACUGCGCUGCCCCCGCCCCCUGCCUCACAGCCACCAGCACCCCACGGGGCCCCCUCACACACACACACACACACACUGUGGACAGUAGAUGGGCCCACACUUGGCCUGAGUUCCUCUGAGUUUUCCCUGGCCUGCCCCUACUCCACACCUGCCCCACACCUGUGCCCCCUCCUUGCCCCGCAGGACGGGCCUACAGGGGGUCCCUCACCACCCGCAUCCCUACACCCCUGGGCUGGGGGAGCCGGCUCUGCCCUGCCCUCCUUGCCCCGGGGUUGGGGUCUCAUCCCCCUGGAGCCCGCUGGUGCACCUGUUACUGUUGGACUUUCCACUGAGAUCUA